UCGGAUUGGCUGGCGCGCUCCGUACAGUAAGCCGUGUGCUCACGCCGGGCAGGACAUCUCAGCGUCGCCCGCCGCCCCGAUCCGAUCAUGGAGGAAAUCAGCCGAGUGCCGCUGGCCGGCUGGGCCGCCGCUACCGCAUCCACCGGGCUCACUGGACUGCUCCUCUACCGCCUGCUCCGGAGGAAACGCCCAACGCAUGUGAGGGUGAACUGCUGGUUUUGCAACCAGAAUUCAGUGGUGCCCUAUGGCAAUCGUAACUGCUGGGACUGCCCAAACUGUGAACAGUACAAUGGAUUUCAGGAGAAUGGUGACUACAACAAACCUAUCCCCGCACAGCACAGCGAACACCUCAACCACGCAGUGUCCAGUGGUAAGACGAUUGGCGAUAUCAUCAAACCGCAGCAGUGGGUUAACUGUCAGUUACUGCUGUGUAAGAAAUGCUUCAAUAAUCAGAACACCAAGAUAAAACAGCUGGCGUCCUUCAUUCCCAGGGAAGAGGAUCGAUAUGAUGAAGAGAUUGAGGUGUACAAACAUCACUUGGAACAGAUGUACAAACUCUGCCGGCCAUGCCAGACUGCUGUUGAAUUUUAUAUCAAACACCAAAACCGGCAGCUGAGGGCGAUCAUGCUGAACCACCAACUGAAACGAAGGGAGGUGGACAAAGGUUAUGUACAGAGUUUUUCCACUUCCUCGUGUAUGCGAGUUCCUGUGCCAGUCAUUGCCCUGCGCUUUCUGGCAUUCCUCAUCUGCGUUUUCCUGGUUUCUGUAGCCUGGUUGGGUUCCAGGGAUCUGUUUCCUCCUUCCUUGACAAAAACUUCCCGCUUUGAAGCGCACAUCGGGAACACCUCCGAGCCAGAUGUGAGGCAGCCCACUUUCUGGGAAGGGGUCCUCGAUCUCCUCCCCGAGCAUACGCUGGAGAGAAUUAACGAAGCAUGGCAUUUUGGGCGAAACCAUCAAGAUGGCUUGGUGGUCUUGGGUCUCUUGGCUUGUGUCUUCGCCAUGGUUUUAGCCGGUCGACUCAGGAUGCGGCGAGUUGACGCUUGUGCGUCCUUCCUGUGGACACUGGUGACGGGCAUCUAUCUAGCAGAAAUCUACCUUCUGAGCGAAUCCCCAAUCUGGCUCGACACUGCCAAGCUUGGCAUAACAUCCUUGUGUUGCCUGGUCGGUUUUGCCUCUGCGGUGGCCACGCGGAAUGCAACAAGUCAACGGAGACAGCGGCCACGAAGGUAUGUUUCUGGUGACCUUGCCUCUCAGUUUGGAAGUUUGGAUAACGGAGUUGUUCUCCCGGACUUGACGUCUGCGUUGUUCUCUACUCCGCCGGGUCUUGUGCAGUUGCUGAACCAGCAAGCCAAUCGCUCACAGCGCAAAGCCUCGUCGUCUUCCUUGCCUGGACGUCUGAACAGAGCCCUUUCCCUUGGAACCAUCCCAUCCCUCACACGGACAGAUUCGGGGUACCUGUUCAGUGGCAGCCGUCCAGCGUCUCGGGCCUCUACAUACAUGGAGUCUCCGGGGUCAGAUUAUUAUUCCCUGCUGUCGGGAAGUUAUGCCUCGUCACCUCUACCAUCACCUACCCCAUCAGUGGCCGGCUCAGCCACAUCUAGCUGUGGGUCAAUGUUUCACAGACGUCCCCUGAUUAGCCCGGCCCGCCUCAACUUAAAGGGACAGAAGCUGAGCUUCACUCCUGCCCAGUUUGACAAAACGCGUCACAACUUUGAAGACAUCGCAUACCCAGACAGCAGCCUUAGUCCAUUGGAGUUCAACAACUUCAUGGCAAAGAGUCUAAAUCAUACAAAGAUGAUAUCUGAAACCAGGAGUGAUUGCAGUAACACAACACCCAAAAAAGAGGACAGCUCUUCCCAUUCUUCAGCCUGCCAGGUGGACACGACCACGGCUUUCCUAGACUCUCCGUCUAGCUGGAAAAGUUGGGGAGGGACGACGCUCCGCUGGCUUUUGGUGUUAAGUCUGGCUGGGAACAUACUUUUCGCCUCCAUGUACCUGUACAGAACUGUCUACUCUACUGACCCCGUGUAAAUAACCCCCCCCCCCCCCCUCUACCCUUCCUCUGAGCAAUGUGUCACUUGGUGCUCCUGAAUAUCCUGACACUGCCUGACCAUCACCGGUGCUGCCCCCUGGCUGCUGCGCGGGCUCCUGCGCCUGCUCCCGACCAUUUCUGUAUUAUAGGACUUUGUUCUGUAUUGUGAACUGUGGCGAUUUACACUUCCAGCUGAAGACUGUAUUAAAUAGCGAAAAUCCAAGAAACGAGCUCUACA